AUGACUCCAGAACAGCAUGGUUGCAGAGCUAACAGCUCGGCAGUUGAAGAAUUUUGCAUCUGUGAAGGUGAGGAAAUUUGGACACCGCAACGAAUUGAUCAGUACGAAGAAUCAUACUUUCCUGCAAGGGUUCCUGAGCAGUCGUCGAACGACGUUGAACUUGCGAGCCACUUGCAUGAGAGCCCUACCUGUCUUGUACCGGGCCAUUCGACAGUGUUUGCACGCCAUAGUGCUGCAGGGCUGGAAGAAGACCAGUGCCGUGGAGACUGCGUGACAGGACAGUUCAAUGACCUUGCCAAUGACACCGCGCGUGCUGGAGCUGCCAUGGGGCCUCCCUCAGUCGAACACAGAAGGCAUGAUCUGUCGGUCAACACGACCGAUCGGACCCGUCCGGCCAAUGACGCUGGUGCCUUUUCAUGUCGCAGCCUUGAACCUUGGCUGGACACAUUAGGUGACGUCGAUUGUGGGGGUACCAGCAUGGGUUGGGUGCUCACCCAUAGUUCACAUGACAUGCAGGUGGAAUUUUCCCUUUACGGAGUUGCACGUAGCCUUGAGCGGUACCCUGCAUUUUUACAUCGAGUUUUCCAUCCCCUCACUCAGCUAUGGGUUGACCAUUCACGAACACACAUCAGUGCACACCUUGACACACAGCUGGGCCUGACCGCCUUUCGCAAGUCUUGGUUGACCACUACGUCGAGGCUUGGCCAAACAGUGCUGCAGAUGGCCUUGUUUGGAACCGUGACAGGACUCGUCAUUAGCCUUGUGAUUUGCGUGGCUGCAGACACGGCCAUCGAAACGCAGGACGUGUUAGACGACUCUGGCUCAAUGCCUUCUCAGACCCAUGACACGCGUAGCGUAGGGUUUACAAAGAUCUCUGCGCUGGUCCUUGUUUUGGCCGUAGUGUCGACAUCCGCCAUAUUUUGCCACAUGUUUGCAGGACAAGGGAAUCUCUUGCGAACUCCUCCGUUGUGGUCGAUUGCCUCAGACAUGGAACCAGCACGUAAGGCUGCGUCAGUGAUGUUGGUCUUGAAAGGAGCUGCCAAGGAACUGGCCCGUCAGAUCCCACCGCAAGCAGUGGUGGAUGGGGGGGUCGUGAAUGGAGUUGCGGUAGACCCCCUCGCCUACCUGAUGCAUGCCCUUCAAGAGCAUUUCGGUAAUCUGGGGGAGGAAGUUCGUGUUCAAGCAAUCACUGAGCUGAUGGGGUUCACCAGAAACGGAAACGAGCCGAUAGAUUCUCUCUUGGUCAGAUUUGACAGUGUUCGCACUAGAGCCGCUGAACAGGGCGGUGCAAUCGUAUCCAUUCAAGGGGUUACUUGGAUAUUGCUGCGGGCUGUAGGAAUCACGGACCAACAGCUUCUCCAACUGUUGUCCCCGUUUAAUGGUUUGUUCCCUUCCACCGAAGCAGAGUUCACCCAAUUGAAAACCUCGUUACGUAGGAUGGGCCACAUCCUUGAAAGAGCGCCCGGGAACCUUCGAGAAGGCCUCCGAACCGCCACAUCGCACUCAGCGCACACAGCGUUUCUUGCCCAGGAAGAAAGCUGGGAACCAGCCUCUUGGCAGACUGAGGAGUUGAGUGGGUCAUGGUCACCAUGGUUAUCCGGUCAACAUGCAUUUGCCACGCACGCAAGCGCCCAUCCCCAAAUGUCAGAUGCAUACCAUGCAUUCGAAGAUGAAGACAUCGUCACCGAUUCAGACACCAGUUCCGGCAGUGCUAGUUCUGUAGAGCUGGACGCUUCUCAGGAUCCCAGCCGUGUUGCGCAAGACCUUUUCUGGGCAUAUCGCACCGCCAAACACAAGUGGCGGAAGUUUAUGCAGAAAGGUCCUUUGGCCGGAAUCAUCACGAAUGAGGCCGACUUGUCCAGUCAAGCUUUGAGCCGUCCACAGAUUGUCACAUUUGCCAUGAACACAGACGAAGCAGAUCAGAGUCGGCGGGUGCAUAACGUCUACAUGACGCAGGAGGCUCAAGCUGACGAAGAGGACCCAUUCAUGCAGCAGGAUCCAUGGAGUGCUGCCACGAGCCAGUCGUGGUCCUUGCCCGAAUCGAACCAAACAGAGCCACAUCGAGUCCAACCUGCAUCGCAGCCGGCGGGAACAAGCCCAACACCGCCGCCACCAUCUCACCCUUCGCACCCGCCGAGCAUGAACUGGGCUUCCAUGGCCCGCAUGCCAGAGGAGCUGCGUGAACUCUUGCCCUGGCCGAUCGUGUCAGCCUUACCACCCAUGCCAAGUGUUCCUGACUUUGCCAUGCGUCCAGAGUUCGAAUUUUUGAAUAUGUCGCAACCACCAGAACUCCCGAGUCCUCCAACCCUGAGAGAAGCUCAAGUGUCCAGAAUCGAAGGUCCGCUGCGCUCACAGAUAGAUGAUUUCCAUUAUGUGCAGCAACAUAUUGCCAACCGACGACAUCAGCAUUUGCCAUCAUUUAGCAUGAACCGACCAGCAGUGCAAGUGCAUUCGCAGCUCGAUCCUCAGUAUCGACCACAGUUGAAUGAAUUCCACCAAGUGCAGCGCCAAGUUGAAAGGUAUCGGCAGCAGAAGCAAGUGCAUAGGUCGAAGGUCCGGGAUAUCAACACCGAGGACGUUGAAUAUGAUGGAGACCUCAGUCCAGCCAUGUGUCAUCCAGACCAGCACCGGUGGUGGGCGGAAGUGGUGCCCGCCUACCUGCGCUACUGGGUCUCAAGAGAAGUGGACGAACAUCGCGCGCAUGAGAGAGCAGUCACACAUGAUGGGAAGGUGGCUCAGCGACCUCCGCCUGAAAUCCUUCGCCUCAGUGACCUGCGCUCGUGGGCCACUGCGUGCAACGGCGACCCUGCAUUGAUCAUUGCCAAGGUGGUGGCACUGCAGCAAAGAGGCUAUGCGACGAGUGCUGCACUCAGCUGGCCUGUGGGCAUCGUGGGCUACUCGACGUGGACAGCCUUCGGCCCAGGUGCUUCCGACCUCCGAGACCCCUUCGAGGAGCACGAGGACUAG